CUUUCAACAUUCUUUCUGUAUGGAUGUGUGCUUAUACAUAGGCAUGGCAUAGUCUUAUAUUCUAACCUGUCGAAGACAUUCAGUGCACAUAGAAUACAACGCUGAGAAGUUAGCCUACUUAACCACAGUGCUGUUGAUAUAACAUACAUUUCACCAAAACAAAGGGUUGCACAUUAAUGUUAAGUUGGCUAUAUAGGCCUGUGUAGCCUACUUUAGUGUCUUUAAAUUAACAUUGCCAGUUUUUCAGAGGAGUCGGCCUAUAUUACCUCGUUUAACGUCUUAAAACUUAACGUCAGUUUACUUUCAAGACUUCCUUAAUGAAAUAAACCUAGUUGCUGUUUAAAAAAAUCGCUGUUUCAGAAUUAACAAGUUAACCAUAUUUUCCAUUUUAAAAUUUGUCUUAAGCAGCACCUUCGGUUAAUUGGUCAAAGUUACGCAGACCUAACCUUUUCAACACUAGGCGUGUUUCACUCAGCGCUGUGAACAUGAAUGAGUUUUGAAUGAAUGGACACAAGGCACAAGCUAGUAAAAAAUGUUAUCAUGGCUCCCCUUCCUGUGAAUGAGUGACACGAAGGAACUGUCCAUAGUGCUGAAACGGAAAUCUCUCGUUUUCCUCAAUAGCCUUAGACAUAGCCUACAACAUACCAAUGAUUAAUCUUUAUAGUUUACGACAGUGUAUACGUUAAGCUACCUCGUUGUUUUAAAAAUAUGAUUGUGUAGUAGUUUAUAUGUCGCUGAACGUGCCGCUUUCUAUCAUCACUGUAGGUUGUCUCCUAUCUCGUAAACGUGACAUUGGAGUUUACCGCUGCGAGUAAUUAACCAUCAGGUCAUAUGCAUUCAUCAUAUACUAAAAUGUUUGUAGCCUACACUGUAGCCAUGGCUAUAGGCUAUGUCUCGAAAUCUGCCUGUAGCGUUACUGUUUCCCGCAAUAUCGCACGUUUGGGUCAGUGGCUUUGAUGUAAUAAAAUAACUUAUUAUUUGAACGUCUUGUAAAAAUUUAGAUUCUCGACUUGCCUUGAGUGCCAACCCUGUGGAGUCUAUGUUGUGAGAGACUGUGUGAGGCGGUUUAACGGUAUCUAGUCAGAAAGGAAGGCGGCAGGUAGACUAUGAGGACAAGAAACAGGGAGGGAGUAAUUGAGAGAGGGUGAGGGAGGGUGAGGGAGGGAGGAUGCUGCCGCUGCCAGCGGAAAAUGGCUGCUGCAACCUCGAGCCCAUCCUGAUACACCAAAACGACAUAAAGGUGGAAAGUAAAAAGAGACGAACAUGAGAGCAGCCAGAGGGACUGACAGACAACGGGAGUGAGGGAAAGGAGUCGAGUGUGAGCCGAGAGGGGGAAUUAAAAAAGGAGACCGGGGGGCACAAGCUCGAAGCAACGGGCAACACCAAGUCAUGGAGGGCGAUGUGCGUGUUCGUGCAGUGGUCAUGACACGAGAUGACUCUAGCGGCGGGUGGGUGCCCCUUGGAGGUGGUGGCCUUAGUCAUGUGAUCAUCUGUAAAGGGCGGAGUCCUGAUGGACGGGGGCGGAGAGAGUACAUCAUACAUGGAGAACGGCUGCGCGAUCGAGCACCUGUGCUGGAGUGUGCUGUGCAGAGGGGCCUAGUGUACAACAAGGUGAACCCCAUUUUCCAUCACUGGCGGGUGGAAGACAGGAAGUUUGGUCUUACUUUCCAGAGUCCUGCUGAAGCCAUCUCCUUUGAGCGGGGCCUUCAAAGUGUCCUUGACAAACUGGAGAGAGGAUCAGACUCUCCCUCUUCCUCGACUCCAGAGGAGGGUGACACAGAGGAUGACGGUCAAGCAUCUCAUACAGGCAGUGAGUCGUCCUCUAACAGCAGGAAGGAGAUGCUGCCCAAGCCCAUCACCAUAGUGACUAGCGAGUCGUCCUCUACAUGCUUUGUGCGAUCUGCCACAGAGGAGUUUGGCUUUGGAGCAGGGCAUGCUGUCACCACACAAACCCCUGCCCAGAUCCACAUGCGGCCGGCGCAGCAGCAGCUUUCCCAGGUGACAGCUGUGCUGAACCCCCCAUCACCACCACCCCCUCCUCCAGCACCACCCACUCCUCCCCUAGCGCCUCCUCCCUCCUCCCCACUGUCACCACUCUCCCCUACCAUCUCUCUCCUGGAGGAGGACCCCUGUAAGGACCUGUGGGGCUCACGUGGGUAUGAGGAUUACCGGCGGGCUGGGGCCACACGGACCAAAGUGGGUGGUCUCACGGGAGGUGUGGUUGUAGGGGGCGGACCAGAGAAGGAGGUGUGCGUGGUGCGCUUUGAGAAGGAUCUGGCCGGCGUGGGUACGGCCGGCUGCGAGGUCACCAUCGCCCUGGACCCCAAAGGCCACUUGUCCUCGCCCACCUGCGCACCCAUGCCCAACGCCAUGUCAGGAAUGUCUCCGACGGGGGGGUCGCCCAAGGAGACGGGCAAGGGCUCGACCUCGCCGUGCUGCAUCCACACCUCGUUGGCCACGCCCCGCUCUCGGACUCGUAGGAGAGGAGGGGGAGGGAGCAGCGUGGCCGGAGGGGACGCCAUCUCACCCGACGAAGACAGCCCCUGCCCCCAGGGCUUGUCCUCGUGCUCGUCGCGUUGUGUGUACUGCCGCUCGGUCUUCAGCGCCUCCGAGAACGGACCGGGCCGUUGCCGCGACGCCCCCGACCCGGCGCUGCACUGUUUGCGGCAGUGGACGUGUGUGUGGUGUGCCGAGAGCCUGCUCUACCACUGCAUGUCGGACUCGGAGGGGGAGUUCUGGGAGCCGUGCUCAUGCGAGGACUCGCCGGUUGGUAGUCCGCACCCGCUCUGCUGCGCCCGCUGGCUGGCGCUGCUGGCGCUCUCGCUUUUCGUGCCCUGCAUGUGCUGCUAUCUCCCGCUCCGUGCCUGCUUGCGCUGCGGGGAGAGGUGCGGCUGCUGCGGUGGGAAGCACAAGGCGGUGCGGUGAGGCUGGGGGCCCGGGAGGGUGGCGGGGCGAGCGGUGGCAGGGGCGGGGGCCUGAGAGGGAGAGAUGGACGUCCGGGGAGAUCGGAGGAUGUGCGUUUUUUUCGGAGGGAUCCAGAGCUGCGGAGGGCCGAGGGAUGAGAAGGGCGAACAUAGGGAACUGUGAGAAACAUGAGUCCUUCCCUGCUGGAGUGCCAGACCUCGUUCCAUACACCUUAAUGGUAAUACUCUCCCACAUCUCCACCUCAUGGCUUCGUGCUGCAUUCCAUUGUUAACUCUAUAUGUGCCCGUAGGGCACUAGCCUGCCUAUAGAUGUGGGCUGUUGAGUUCUACUAUCCCAGAUGCCUCUCUGAGCUAACUGAUAAUUGGCUGGGUUGAAUGGUUACUUUGGGAGUAGAGGGAGAGUUGUAGAGGAAGUGGUAAUGAUGUGUAAACUGUUUCAGUCAU